AUCUAUCUUAAUGACUUCAGCCACACAGGCCUUCCUGAAACGCACAGAUUAGACUAUAGGUCAAGGCUCGCUUUGUAUCCAGAAUUUAUAUAUUCUGCUUUUAUGAAACAGACCCCAGAUGUGAAAAUAGGUCUAGCCUACUAACCACAAACAAACUUGACUCCCACGUGCAACGCACGUACCUGUAGCAUUUGCAAUUAAUUUACCAGAUUUAAGGGCGCAGGUGUGAGACGGUUCUCAGUUCCCAUUCAGCAUCUUUGUUCUCGUCUAGUGGCAGUGGCAUCGGCCAUGACUUCUACCAUGAUUUCUGCUGUGAUGGUUUGGGUUUGUAUCUGUUUAACACUAGCCCAGCUCAACAACGCAGGAGGUCACCGAGACGCACACGGAAGGUUGGCCGGCCAGGGCGAGCUUUCUGACGGCAACAAGCAGCAGUUUGAGGCGGGUCCAGAAAACGCGGCCGACCGAAGCACCCCAGCGCCGGUUUGGCGUUUCCUCCAAGGGACUGGAAAAACUCCUGAAAUAUCCGACUUCAACCAGCCACAGUUCCGCUGCAGUAAUGGAACACUUACCCUGCGCUUUUCACCCACCCGAUACACCAAUCUGAAUCUGGAAGAUGGGACUCCGUUGUUGUCGCUGCCUGACAGGUGUCACGGUUCAAUUCAUGUCUAUAGGCAGUAUCUGCUGGUGAAGCUUCCCUAUACUGGCUGCUACACCGCAACACAGGCUGAAGAGGGCAAAUACCCAUUGCAACUGCAUUAUUUUGACAACCUGCUGCAGAAGAACAUGGUAGGCAUGGCUGUCUGUGAGAAUCCAGGAAUGUCCCCACUGGUGACUUGUGGAACAACAAGUAUCACUGUGAAGCUGCCUCGUGAAACAAAACUAAAGGAGGUUAAAGAGCUUGAUUAUUUCGUUAAUGAAGCCUACUCUGUGAGACAACAGAAGACCCCCAAUGCUUUGUUUGUUGAAAUAUCAAAGUUGCCAGACCAGGAUUCUGGAUUUGAAAUAGUUUAUUUGGAUUCUACUGGGAAACUCUGCACAAAGCUGGCUAUUUGUUACCAAGAGAAGUUGAGCCAUCGUGUCAAGAGAGCGCUAGAGGAACCAGACUUUGAAGAGACUCCUGUUGAACAAUUUGAUCUGGUGCACUCGAGGAAGGACACUGGCUUGAAGGACACUGGCUUGAAGGACACUGGCUUGAAGGACACUGGCUUGAAGGACACUGGCUUGAAGGACACUGGCUUGAGGAAGGACACUGGCUUGAGGAAGGACACUGGCUUGAGGAAGGACACUGGCUUGAGGAAGGACACUGGCUUGAGGAAGGACACUGGCUUGAGGAAGGACACUGGCUUGAGGAAGGACACUGGCUUGAGGAAGGACACUGGCUUGAGGAAGGACACUGGCUUGAGGAAGGACACUGGCUUGAGGAAGGACACUGGCUUGAGGAAGGACACUGGCUUGCCGGACACUGGCUUGCCUGACACUGGCUUGCCUGACACUGGCUUGCCUGACACUGGCUUGCCUGACACUGGCUUGCCUGACACUGGCUUGCCUGACACUGGCUUGCCUGACACUGGCUUGCCUGACACUGGCUUGCCUGACACUGGCUUGCCUGACACUGGCUUGCCUGACACUGGCUUGCCUGACACUGGCUUGCCUGACACUGGCUUGCCUGACACUGGCUUGCCUGACACUGGCUAUGAAGAAUUGUGGGGAAUUGAAGACAUUCCUGAUGAGGCAUACGAUGAGAUUACUACCCCAACCGCCCCCACAAUCACGACCAAAAACUCAACCAAGACCUAAGCUACCUCAACACGAUGUGCAUAGUGUUUUGCUGUGCAUAGUCUUCUGCUGAAGAAGAGCGUUACUUUUAUUGUUGAAAGAAAUAAAAUAUUGAAUGCAUAACAAAU